AUACACAGGUAGACAGACGAUGAGAUAUGUUUCAUUCAUUCUAAACCCUCGCCAUUUAUAGGACAUUUUGUUAUCCUAGCUUGGUCAUCCCGCAUCUACCCGUCACGUUCUAAUUCAGCCAAAUCUUUCCGGAAUCUUUAUUUCAAAAUUCGAUAAAACUUUGUACAAAUAGCAAGUAAGAGAUAUGAUGAACGAUUCCAGGGUCACGUCAAGAGAAAAGAAAACAUGGGAUUGAAUACCAGUCGAACAGAAGACUAUGCUGAUCUCUUCCUGAGAAUACAGCGAGGGGAUUUAGAUGAUAUUCAACAGCACCUCAGUACUGGUAUCCAGAUAAACAAGCAAGUGGAUUCUACGUCAGUCCUGUACAGAGCUGUGAAAAGUGGUCACGUGGACGUUGUAAAACUGCUCAUAGACUGCGGAUGUGACGUGAACAUUGGUCGAACCAAUGAAUCUCUUGUGUCCAAAUUGUUGCCAAGUACGCUGUAUGAAAUCGAGAGUCCUCUUCACCGUGCGUGUGAGCUUGGUCAUGUUGACAUAGUUCUCCAGUUACUGUCGGCUGGAGCAGAUGUUAAUAGGAAAAACCAGUAUGGAAUGACAGCAGUAUGGAAAAUGGCUGCCGAAGGUAAAUUUGACAUGCUGAAUCUUCUUCUACAACAUCCAAAUGUAGACGUCGCUCUUCCAUCGGGAGAUAACUCCAUUCCUGCUAUGAAUAGCCACACCACGCCGCUUAUCAUGGCGGCUAGGAAAUCGCAUGACGCGGUAGCUGAAUUAUUGUGUCAACAGUGUUCUAAUGACGUCAACCGUACGGACGGUCAAAGGCGGACAGCCCUACACUACGCAGCGAAUAACGGUAACGACGAAAUGACGGCCAUGUUGAUACAGAGAGGGGCGAACAUCGACUGUGUAGACGAAGAUGGGGUAACGCCCCUUUACACGGCCAGUAAACAUGGUCACACAGCCAUCGUCCGAAGGCUGCUUACGGCAGGAGCUGAUAUAUCUACCUCAACAAGCACUGAGUCUGCUAGCCCCGGAUUCUACCCGCUCCACAUAGCAGUGUUCCAUUGUCACAUUGAUGUUGUACGACUACUCUGUGACGCCUGCCCAGAAAUGGUUGAUGUCCGCACAACGACAGAAAAGACACCUCUAAUUCUCGCUUGUUACACCGGAAGACGGGACAUCGUGUUAUUGUUGCUUAAAUGCGGAGCUGAUCCAAAUGUGAAAGAUUCCCUCCAUCAAACGCCGCUGCUAUAUGCCCUCAGCCAAGGGCUACAGAUGGAUCAAAAUAGAAACAUUAACGCCGAGAAUAAAAACGACCAGGUCGCUAAAAGUCAGUUAUCGGUGAAUGAUUGUAGUCCAAUUCCGAACAAUUUCAUUGGCUAUAGUAGUUAUGACUAUGUUGAUGAUGAUGACGAUGUUUCUGUUUUAGAACGUCUGAUUCUGUAUGGUGCUGACGUCAAUACACUGGAUGUUCAUCAACGUACAUUCGGUUUCUACAGUAUCACUAAAGGAACACUGUCUCAGAGCGUUGUGAUGAUGAAGUAUGGCGCUCCUAUACAUCCAUUUGACCCUAUUACUUUCUCAAAGAUGGAAAACUGUGAUAAAUUGAAAGCCUUAAUUCAAAUUGAUCUACGAUUUAGAAAUGUUGCAAGAAUAUGCUGUGUUAAUCAACUCUUACAACCUACACUUGAACAAUACCUGGAGAAAGAGCUGACGAAACCCGCAAGUCUAAAAGCGCAAUGUCGUCACAUGAUACGUAAAGAUUUGUUAUCAAAGCAGCUUGGUGCUUUAUAUAAGCAAACUCAGGAACUACCGCUACCAAAACUGCUCAAGUGGUAUAUAUUACUUAAUGAUAUAUGUAAUCAAUUCGAUGUUUCAUCCAAAUAUACAUAAACAUAUGAAAACCUG